AAUAACUGCACAUGUGCUAACAUACACUAGCCUCCCUCCGCUAACUGCAUAGCGGAGGAAAGCUGUGCAUGCGCUCUGCACGGUACGGACAACUGCGCAUGUGCAGUUGGGUACACUCCUAACGCUGCCUACGUUAGCCCUACGCUGUCAGCGUAGUGCUGCGCAUGCUCUCUAAGUUUUCUACGGAUCGAGAAAAUCUUUACAUCACCGGAUGGAAUGCGCCUUCUCGGAGGCGGCUUUCCCCACGCGGAUGCGCAUUGCAUACAUCCACAUACUUACAGAGUACGACUUGUAAUUACACCACGUCUCCAGGAGAUCUGCUGCCCCCUGAUAAAGUGCCGCCCUAGGCUUAGGCCCUGUUGGUCUAGUUAAAGAUACAGGUCUGCCAACAGCAGAGACAUUUCAACACUCACAUUUGACCAUUGCAGUAGUCACAUGGGAUGAUACGUCAGCACUGGAGGCCUCUUUUGAACCAUGGGAGUGCUCUAUGCUAAAAGUGUUUUCUCAGUUUGGGCCUCUCUACUCGCUGAAGCUUGUCCCUAAUGCUAGCGUGGCAGGGCCUGGUUACUAUGCCGUCCUCAAAUACUACUCCUCCCAAAGCGCCAGAAGAGCCCAGGCCGCUUGCGACAAGAAGAACCUCUUCCAGGACACCCCUGUGAAGGUACAAAUAUGCAUCAAACAGAAAGGAUUUCCAUACAAGUCUCUGGAACUGUACAGCCAAAAGUGUCAGGAGCUGGCGAACUAUUACCUGGGGUUUAAUGGCUGGUGCAAGAGGAUCAUAGCUCUACAGAAUAUAUCUGGAUUGGAUGAUAAUCCAGAGAUGGAAUCGGAUCCACAAGAACUGGGGAAACUGAGAUACCUGUGUGUUGUUGAAGUGAUCCUUCCUUAUCAUGGAGUUUGCAGCAGAGGAGUCGGAGUCGCAGAAGAGUGUCUUGAGAAGCAGAAUGAUCCGCUGGAAUAUAUAUUAAAGUCUGGGAAGGUACAGAAAUAUGCUGAGCAAAAGGCUCUAUCUAAUGCUUUCCAGAAGAUCCUGUUGGUGGUUUUAGACAGUGGUAAAGUUGCUGUGGAAUAUGUGUCUGGAGAAGAGGAUAAUGUGGAUUGCCUAUCAGAGGAAGAACUGAAAGGACUAAUUCAGGUGAAUGACUUCACGUGGGCGCCGAUGGAUGCGGGAGGAGGAGAAGACGAGGAGGACUGGGCAGAAAUCUCCUUCCAUGAAGACACUUUGAUAGACUCAUAGACUUUUUUAGCUUUUGCACACUGUAUUUUUGCACUUUGUAUUUGUUAUUAAUGUGUAAUGUUAUUUUGUGAAAUAUAUUAUUUUGUGACUGUUUAGUUUCUUCUCCAGAAAAUGUAUAUGCAAGUGCCCUUUUUUUUAGAAAGAGACUCCGUUUGACUCAUGUCCACUGUUUUAGUAGUAACAUCACUGUAGUAAUGGGUCUACAAGUCCCUUGAUGCUUUGUCCAGGAAUAGUAGCACAUUAGUGUGUUGUCUAUACAGGGGUGUGGAAAUUUAAUAAAUAACUACUUGUCCACGGGACUAAAACGGAGCAAAAUCUACUUGUCCCUCAUGACGAUCCACUUGUCCGGGCCAAUUUUCGCUUUUACACUCUCGUUUUUUCCUCCUCGUCCUAUAAUAGCCAUAAUUACCUA